AUGUCGAUCACAUCCCUGCCAGUUGAAGUUAUGUCGACGGUCUGUAGCUUUCUACAGCUCUCUGAAUGGCGAGCGCUUAGAUUGUCAUGUCGCGCACUUUACAGAAUAUCCCUCGAAGGAUUUGUCAUUCAAUAUCUCAAGAGAAUUUGCUUCAUUGCGACAAGCGAUAGCCUUAGAGAACUAGAAGCACUCGCCGAAACAGAUGGUAUUCGGGAACGAGUUCAAGAGUUGUGGAUGAUUCCAUCUGUGUUUGAUGGCUCCCAUGCAGAAAGUGAAAGUUCUAUUUCCGAAUUUGCCGUGUCAUCGAGGAGUUGUCGCCCGGUAUCUAAUGACGAACUAAAGGCUCGUUUUUCAACAUAUAAAGCCUUGGUUAAAGACAGUUCUAGUCUUCUAGAAUCGGACGCCUUUAGCACUCGACUACGCAAAUGCUUGGAAAGGUUCGACAACCUUAACACAGUUGGACUUGCACAUUACACGACGAGCUUUUUGCUCGACCCACGACAAGAAAAAGUCCGAUCCCUUGGCUGGCGCCGCCUCAUUGAUCAAAUCGAGUUCCGAUUCGGGAGUAAGAACCUCGAGCCGCUUCGUGGUAGCAGAAGCGUAAUGGACAAGGUUAACUCUUUAGCCGCGUCAAGGCUUCUACAGGCGCUCAGUGGAACCAAUUUGAAAAUCAGGAAGUUACAGACAUGUAAUCCUGAUUGCUGUGGUGACAUUGCCCCCGAAAUUCUCCUCACAGAAGAGCAAUACAGCUCUGUCCAAUCCGUUCUAGCUGAUUUAGAGGACCUCCACGUUUGCCUAGCUUUCAGAACCACAAAGCCAGCUUAUAUCACGAGUGCAACGACCUGGAUCACUCUGCUUAUCCAUGUUGCUCCCCGCCUAGAAAGACUUGCUCUCUCGCAAGACUAUUCCCUUAGAGAGCUUUCUAGCGAAAUCGAAUUCAAUCGGCUCAAAGAGCUCCAUCUCCAUAAGACUUGCAUCAACUCUAAGCAUUUGAAAUCAUUGCUCCUCAAAGCCAAGGAAACCCUCGUUAUUUUCACGAUUUUCGAGGUGAUCAUAGAGGAUACCUCACCAUCAUUGUUGCCGGCCUACAUCCCGACCUCAGGAUACUACAAUCCAACCUCAGCAGCCUACCCUACAAUUUCAACAGCCUACACUCCAACCUCAGCCUACACUCCAACCUCAACUCCGUAUCAUACUCAACCAGCCGGACAACUACCACCCGGACAAACUUACAUCCCUUCAACCCCCUACCUACCCUCCGUGGAUCAUGAGAAUGUUCUUUGGAAGUCGGUUUGGAAUUUCUUUGGAGAAAAUCUAGCGCUACAGAGAUUCUCCAUGGCAAAGAUCGCCGACCGCAGCCAUGAGAUCUCCAUUCAAAGCACAGAUGACUCGAUUGGACCUAGCAGCAAGGCUGUUUUUGAUGCUGAAACUGCUGGAAUUUCGUUUCAUCAAUGGAUCAGCCAAUUAACCCCUAUGCAUUUACUGGGUUCAACUAGUAUUCAAAUGUGGCCGUACGACAAUCACAACACAUGGUUCAACUAA